GGGAUCAGCUUCGUGGAAUCAAACAUGGCGUGCGGCUUCCGCAGGUCCAUCGCGUGUCAGCUUUCCAGAGUGUUGGAUCUCCCACCAGAAAACUUGAUCAAGUCAAUAUCUGCAGUUCCAAUUUCCAGAAAAGAGUUCUUUUUUGGCAGCUUCUAGUCUCUUUUUUUGAUGGUUGUUUGGCAAUCAGCUGUAAUUUUGCUGUUUUCAUGAGAGGAGAGAAGUAGCUGACUUUCAACUUUCUGUGGAUUCUCUACUGGAAAACAACAAUGACCAUUCAAGACCAGACAUUCAAAUUCAAGCCAUGAGACUGGCAGAGAAGCUAAAAUGUGAUACAGUGGUCAGUGAAAUCAGCACUGGUCAAGGGACCGUAAAUUUUAAAAUAAACAGAGAACUGUUAACAAAGACAGUGCUGCAGCAGGUGAUUGAAGAUGGCUCAAAAUAUGGAUUAAAAAGUGAGCUUUUUUCUGGCCUUCCCCAGAAGAAGAUUGUGGUUGAAUUCAGUUCGCCAAAUGUUGCCAAAAAAUUUCAUGUUGGACAUUUGCGUUCUACCAUCAUAGGAAAUUUUAUAGCAAAUCUCAAAGAAGCGUUAGGACAUCAAGUAACAAGAAUAAAUUAUCUCGGAGAUUGGGGCAUGCAGUUUGGUCUUCUGGGAACUGGCUUCCAGCUGUUUGGCUAUGAAGAAAAACUACAGUCCAAUCCUUUGCAGCAUCUCUUUGAAGUUUAUGUACAAGUUAAUAAGGAGGCAGCAGACAAUAAAAAUGUAGCAAAAUCAGCACACGAGUUCUUCCAGCGAUUGGAACUGGGUGACGCGCAAGCACUUGCACUGUGGCGGAAGUUUCGGGACCUGAGCAUAGACGAGUACAUUCGGAUUUACAAGCGUCUAGGAGUACACUUUGAUGAAUAUUCAGGAGAAUCAUUUUAUCGUGAAAAAUCCCAAGAAGUCUUAAAGUUGCUGGACAGUAAAGGACUCCUACAGAAAACAAUAAAAGGCACUGCUGUUGUGGAUCUCUCAGGAAAUGGUGACCCCUCCUCAGUUUGUACCGUAAUGCGAAGCGACGGGACUUCUCUCUAUGCAACCAGAGAUAUUGCAGCUGCUAUAGAUCGAAUGGAAAAGUAUAAUUUUGAUGAAAUGAUUUAUGUGACAGAUAAGGGGCAAAAAAAGCAUUUUCAGCAAGUAUUCCAAAUGCUGCACAUCAUGGGCUAUGACUGGGCAGAAAGAUGCCUGCAUGUGCCCUUUGGGGUGGUGCAGGGAAUGAAGACACGAAGAGGAGAUGUUACUUUUCUGGAAGAUGUUUUAAAUGAGAUUCGAUUGAGGAUGCUGCAGAACAUGGCUUCUAUUAAAACUACCAAAGAACUGGAGAACCCACAGGAGACAGCAGAGAGGGUCGGGCUCGCAGCCCUCAUUAUUCAGGACUUCAGAGGUUUACUGUUAUCUGACUAUCAGUUCAGCUGGGACCGAGUUUUCCAGAGUCGAGGGGACACAGGAGUCUUCCUACAGUAUACACACGCCCGCCUCCACAGUUUGGAAGAGACUUUUGGAUGUGGUUAUCUAAAUGACUUCAACACUGCUUGCUUACAAGAGCCACAGUCGGUUUCCAUUCUCCAGCAUCUUCUCAGGUUCGAUGAGGUGCUUUAUAGGUCAUCUCAGGACCUUCAACCCAGGCAUAUCGUCAGUUACCUUCUAACUCUAAGUCAUCUUGCAGCUGUGGCACACAAAACACUGCACAUAAGAAACAGUCCUCCUGAAGUGGCCGGGGCCAGACUUCAUCUUUUCAGAGCUGUCCGCUCUGUCCUUGCCAAUGGAAUGAAACUUCUUGGAAUAACACCUGUAUGUAGGAUGUAAUAUCUAGUUAAAAUUGCUUUUAAAAUACUAGAUAUAUUCUAGUUAUCUGUUCUUAUAUGUCUUGCUGUUUAGAAUAGAAUUGCAACUAUUAUUCUGUGUCAGAAUCUAUAUUUUGUCAUCUAUAUUUUAUUAAGUGAUUUAUCAACUUAUUAAAUCUUUAUCUUUUAAAAAAU